GCGACCCGACCCCGGAUAGGCGGAAGAAAAUGGAUGGAUGGAUAUUAGCUUGCUUGUUCAACUUACAGCACUGUCACUUCACAUCAUCAUCAUCAUCAUCAUCAUCAUCAUCAUCAUCAUCAUCAUCAUCACAAAGAUCACUCCUCAGAAUAUGUCCCAAAUAUUUCACUUUACUCACAACAUCCAAAACGUGAUUUUUUAAAUAAAAAUUCAUCUUCUGAUCCUCCUUUCUUGUAGCAAUCAUAACAACACUUUUUUAAGGAUUAAACAUGAUGUCAAACUGGUCACCAUAUUUAGCACAGACUCUGAGCAACUGCUGCAAGCAGUGUUAUACGGAGACAAAAUGAUCAUCUGACUUACAUGGUGAUUACACACCCAUUUCAACAGACAAAUCAUCAAGAUACAAGUUAAAGCGGACUGGAGACAAAAGUCUCCCCAUCUGAUCUCCAAACCCCACUUGACCUAGAAUACCAAUAAUGUAAAAAAUCCAGAUUUAGGUCCCUGACUAAAUCUGCAGGGACCCCUCUACUAUGUAGCUUAAACAACUUAUGAUGGUUAAGUCCGUCAAAAGCUUAAGACGUGACUAAAAACACAUAAAAACAGAAAUGUUCAGUCUCUUAUAUUUACUUACAAUUUCCUUCAAUGAUUAAAUACAUAAAUCAGUACUGAGCUUAAUUUUAAAACCAAAUUAAUUAUCAUUUGUUAUAUAUUCAUGAAGGAUUUCUAAUAGAAAAUGUUCCAAAGGUUUAGACACGACACUUGCCAAAGCAACUGGUCUAAAUUUAGACUUAAUCCAAGUUGGCCUUCUGUUCUUAAAUCUGUUCUCUUGUUAUUGUCAGUAAAAAAAAAAAAAAAAAGAGGAAGUCACGUAAAUCUUAAGUUUGUUUGUUGCAUAAGUUAAAUUUUCUAACCGUUGAAGCUGUCAGGUGUCUCAAGACUUUGCAUUUAUUUAGUUACUUUUCUUAGUUUGCACACACAGAUAGAAAGUCCCACACCCUAAUUACACAAUAUUGAGAAAUCAGGUAAGACCGUAACGGUCACACAUUGGGAAAACACUGGUACACAAGUGAGGCAAGGUGGAGGGAACCAGGGACUGUUGGAAGGCCCAGCACUGAACCUGUACUUUUUCUCUGCCUAUUUAGUGAUAAAUAUUUUAACUUUAUUCAGCUGGUAGUAUUUUUAUUUAACAAAGAGUUCUGGGUAAAAUAGAAAGUUCUCCCUCAUCUGAAAACAGAACUCUGGGUCGUUGUGCCCUUGAACGCAACAUUGAUGUGAAAGCUCUUCAUAUUUUCAGAUCCGUCGUCUCCCGCCUUCAUAUCCAUCACGUUUUUGUAAUUUUACUAGCUUUACUUUUUGUUUUUUGAGUAUUUUAGGAUAAUAAUAAUAAUUUGGCGGCUAUGGUGCAGUGGUAGGGCAACUGACUUGCUCAUAUGUUGUGGUGUGCUUGAGCAAGACCCCUGACCGCUCCACUUGGGUGUCUCUCACGUGUGAUGGGUCAAACGCAGGGCACAAAUCUCAUCAUUGUAUGGGAACAUGAUGACAACUAAAGAACUUUUACAUUUGUAUUCAUUAAUUUAUGAAAGCUGGUGUCAGGUGGACUCCAGUUUCUGAGACCAGCCCAGAACUGUUAAGGCCACACGUUUCCACCUGCGUGGUCUGAAAUCUUAUCGGUGUGAAGCAGCAGCUGUUCUGUCAUUUAUUAAUUUUGGUUCUAAAAGCAGCUGAGACCCCAGACCAGACCCCUCAGAUCCUUCAGGCUGACACUUUCCAACCAUGAAGCGGCUGCCCCUCCUGCUGCUGGCUCCUCUGCUGACCAGCUGUUUGCCUCUGGACUGCAGCGACCUCUAUAAACAGGACAGCACCCGACCUAGUGGGGUCUACACCAUCUACCCCAUGGGAGGCGCAUCAGGCGUCCAGGUGUUCUGUGACAUGGACUCACACGGAGGACGAUGGACCGUGUUCCAGAGGAGGUUGGACGGCUCGGUGAACUUCCACAGAACCUGGGAUCGGUACAAGAUGGGCUUUGGGAGCGCUGCUGGGGAGUACUGGCUCGGUCUGGAGAGCCUGUUCCACCUGACCCAGCUGAAGAAGAAUGAGCUGCUGGUCGACAUGGAGGACUUCGAAGGAAGGAAGGUGUUCGCGCGGUACUCCUCGUUCUCCAUCAGCCCCGAGUCGGACGGAUUCCGGCUGAGCGUGGCCGGGUUCAUCGAUGGAGGGGCAGGAGACACUCUGAGUCGUCACGACGGGAAUCAGUUCAUCACCUUCGACAAAUACAAACACGGCGCAGAGGAGAACUGCGCCAGGCACUUCCUGGGGGCGUUCUGGUACUGGAGGUGCUACUACGCAAACCCGAACGGGGUUUACGUGUGGGGCGCCGACGGGUCCGACUACGAGGUGGGAGUGGUCUGGUACAGCUGGAAGGGUCAGAGCUACUCUCUGAAAAGCAUCAGCAUGAAGGUUCGUCCCGUUUAGAGAAACGUCCUGCAGGCUGGAGCUCCGGUGCCUGAGAGGAACUAAAUAAACAAACUGAUGACAUCAUCAAAGCUCUGAUUGUUCUGUUUACUCUGAAAUGUUCCCAUCAGUCCACAAAGAAUCAAACAGGAAGUUCAUCUUUAAUCAAAACUACAAGUUUCAGUUUCACAAAACAAGAGAUGCAAAAAAAUAAA